AUGGAUUCCUCGAAUGUUGUUAGAGACCAGCUUCUUUUUAAUGAAUCAGCAAAUGUGCCUGACAUAACUGCAGUGACUAUUUCGUAUCUAUUAUGUAUUUUUGGUGGCUCUUUGUCAGUUCUCAUAAUGUGUGGAAACCUACUUGUAAUAAUCUCCAUUGUUUAUUUCAAACAGCUCCACACUCCUACUAACUUCCUGAUGCUCUCUCUGGCUGUGGCUGACCUGCUAGUUGGAAUUUUAGUUGUGCCUUUUAGCAUCAUUAUUGUUGUAAGCUCAUAUUUCCGUCUUCAAUACAUACUUUGUAGAAUACGGAGCAGCUUUGAUAUGAUACUGUGCAAUUCUUCCAUUUGGAACUUGUGCUGCAUUUCUGUUGACAGAUAUUAUGCAGUGUGUCAGCCACUGAGAUACAGAACUAAAAUAAAUGGCCGUGUUGUUGGGAUCAUGAUUCUUGUGUCCUGGACUAUUGCCACUCUAAAUACAGCUAUUCAAACAUUGCAGGCCUUGAGUAAAGCACCAAACAGCAAGAAGUGUGUUUUAUUUCAACGUAAAACACAGAGUACGAUGGUUCUGGGAGGUUUAUUUGCAUUUGGCAUCCCAGCUGUCAUUAUGUCUACAAUCUACCUAAAGAUUUUCAUGGUGGCACGGAAACAGGCACGCAGCAUCCUGAGCAUGGCAAAAUCUGGUGAAACUGUCAGUAAAAUGGAGAAAAAGGCGACUAAAACUUUGUCUAUUGUGAUGGGGAUUUUUCUCCUGAGUUGGACACCUUUCGUUGUGUGCAUCACCUUUCAUCGUUUAAGCAAUUACCCAAUACCAGUCCAUGUAAUUCAGUCAUUAAAGUGGCUUGGAUGGUCAAAUUCAAUGUUAAAUCCGUUUGUUUAUGCUUUCUUUUACAGCUGGUUUCGAUCAGCUUUUAAGAUGAUCAUUACAGGAAAAAUAUUUAAAGAUGAUUUUUCUAAUUCUAAUCUCUUUUGA